AUGAGGACGCCUCUGAAGGAAGUUUUGUGUUUUUUGUCGGUGUGGGUGAUUGGUCACGUCGAUGGUAUACCGCAAGGACUCUUGUACGAACAUAAUGUGCCCGAAGCGGUGAUUUUGCCCAAAACGGAUGACGGUUCGAGUAGGGAGAUUAAACUAAAGGAACCGAUUGUGUUUUUCGGAAAUAGCUACGAUAGUAUUUAUGUGAAUUCCAACGGUCUUCUUUCGUUUCAAACGGAAAUUCCUCAAUUUAUAAAUAUAGAAUUCCCCCUAGAUUAUCCAAUCAUAGCUCCGUUUUACUCCAACGUGGAUACAAGGACAGCUGGUCAAAUUUCGUAUUACGAAACUGAACAUCCUGGACUAAUACAGAGAGCCACCGAAAACGUCCAUGAAUCAUUUUUGAAUUUUGCAGAUUUUCAGGCCACGUCAUUGUUUAUAGUCACUUGGAAAGACGUAGGCUAUUUUAACAACGGUGCAGAUAAACUGAACACAUACCAAGUGGUCAUAUCAACAGAUGGAGAACAGUCUUACGUCGAAUUCUUGUACCCAGAAAACGGUAUUCAAUGGAUACAAGGAACUGGAGACGACUCUGGAUUACCUGAUGCGCGUGCGCAAGCAGGUAUUAUCUCUCCGGAAGGGAAAGUUUUCGCUCUGCCUGGAUCCGGUACUGAGCAAGUCAAAAACUUAAAUAGGUGGUCGAACAUUGGACUAGACGGACAGUUCAUCUAUAGAAUCGAUCAAUUGGAAAUCGUAGAACCAGACGCUGGAUUCAGUAAUAAACCAGAGGAACCAAGCGAUUCUUGCGCCGGUGCCAAAACUUUGUGUCACAUCCAAGCAAAAUGCAAGGAUUAUGAUGAAGGUUUCUGUUGCGAAUGCAACCCGAAAUUUUAUGGAAAUGGUAAACAUUGCGUUAAAAAAGAUGUACCAUUAAGAGUUAAUGGUAAAAUUUACGGUAAAAUCAAUGGAGAAAAGUUAGAGGGUCUCGAUCUUCAAUCAUACGUCGUCAUGUCUGAUGGAAGGGCUUAUACAGCCAUCUCCAAAAUUCCACAAUCCAUUGGAUUUGAUAUACAAUCCAUGCAAAUAUUGGGUGGCGUAAUAGGUUAUUUGUUCGCCAAACCUCUCAGAUCAGCUUCAAACGGGUAUCAGAUAACUGGUGGAGUCUUUAAUCAUACAGCUACAAUAAUUUUCCAUAAUACCUCCCAAACGAUAAGAAUCAAACAAAAAUAUUUGGGAUUAGAUGUUUUCGAUCAACUCAGACUUGAAGCAGAUAUACAGGGCGACAUACCCAUACUGACAGAUGAAUCUAGAGUAACCAUAGACGAAUACCAAGAAAACUACUCCAGAACGGGUCCAGGUGUCAUCCAGAUGACCUCGCAACGUGUCAUCCGCGUUCUAAAUCCAAAUGGCCAAGAAAAUGUCUUAACCUACUCUGUGGAUCAAUCUUUCGUUUUCGAUUACUGUAAAUACGCUAACAUUACCGUUGGAGAAACAUGGAAAUUAAAAGUGGGAAAAAAUUUUAUCAGCUACGAAAGCCGAGAGCAAAUCAUCAGAUUCGGUUUGAGCAACAAAAUUACUCCGUUGGGAGAUUUCGACCCUUGCGAAGAAGGUCGAUCGAAAUGCACCGACAACAGCGCAUGCGUGGUCGAAAACGAAUCCUUCCGGUGCAUCUGCAACCCCGGCUAUCAAAGUAUUUUCGACGGUAACAGAACGAUCUGUUCGGACAUCAACGAAUGCUUAAACGGUCAGCACGAAUGCGACUACAACGCUCAAUGCUUCAAUUUGGUGGGAAGCUACAGUUGCGUUUGUAAUCCGGGUUUUGAGGGUAACGGCCAUAUUUGCGAUAACGCGAGGUCCUGUCAAAAUGUCAGUUGCAAUGAGAAUGCUGAAUGCGUGGAGAGUAAUGGUAUCGCUGCGUGCAGAUGUUUGGCGGGAUUCAAAGGAGAUGGUCAAUAUUGCCAGGCGAUCUUAGAUCACAGCUGUCACAUAGCUAAUAACUGCUCACCGUAUGGAUAUUGCGCGAUACAACCAGAAACUGGUAAUUACAAAUGCGCUUGUCUACCAGGAUAUACGGGAGAUGGUUACAGAUGUAUGCAAAUGGAAACUACCACAAUGCCAAUGACUACUACAGAAGAAGGAGAAAAUACAGAAGCACCAAAUCAAAGUAUUUUACAAACCUGUACAAACGAAGGAUGUUACUGUCCGGUAGGAUACGCAAUUCAGUCUGGUACCGCAUAUUGUAUUCCGGAUAGUUUACCCGCGACGACCGAUAGCGCUGCAUUUGCAACUACAACAAUCACGUCUGAAAAAAUUGUACAAGAAGGUUGUAACGUUUUGAACAACUGUCAUCCAAAUGCUUCUUGUAUGUAUUCCGAUUACCUGCACGACUAUGAAUGCGUUUGUAACGAAGGUUUGGAAGGAAACGGAUACAAUUGUGAAGUAGAAAUAGUGUCCUGUACAAAAGUGGAUAACUGUCAUGCGCAAGCUACGUGUACUUACGAUGAAAAUUUGGGAAAAUCGACCUGCAUAUGCAAUCCCGGUUUUACUGGAGAUGGAUAUGGCUGUACAAUUAUUGCAAGCUGCACCUCCAAUCAAGAUUGCACUCCAACUGAAGAAUGCGUCAUUACGCAAUCGCAAAGAUACGAAUGUAUUUGCAAAGACGGUUAUGUCCGAGAUUCCCAACACCAAUGCGUUAUAAUCUCGGACUCGUGCGGCGGUGGUAAGUGCGUUGAAAACGCAGACUGUCUCUACGACGAUGAAUACCAAACCCACUACUGUCAAUGUAAACCUGGCUUCGUCGGUGACGGCAUUACAGAGUGUAGAGAGAAAGUCAUUGGUUGCGACACCCUCAACAAUUGUGGCGUUCAUGCCACUUGCAAGUACAUCGAGGAGGAGCUCGGAUAUAAAUGCUUGUGCCAGGAAGGAUUCUUUGGUGACGGAUUCCUCUGUUAUGCAGAAAGGAAUUGUCACACUGAUCCUACAAUGUGUUCUCAGCAAGCCAAAUGUCUCACUGACGCGAACAGAAACUUCUUGUGUCAAUGCAAUCCCGGUUUCGUGGGCAACGGUACCGUGUGCAAAGAGAUAUCUCGUCACGAAGGUAAUUAUUUACUCCUCAACCAAGGUAUGGCCACCUUGAGGAUACCUCUCGAUCAAAAGAAGAUACAAGCCAAUAAGCCCGUUCAAGCUAAAGCGUUCCAAACUGCUGUCGGUUUGGAUGUCGAUUGCUUGGAAGGAAGAGUUUAUUGGAGUGAUAUCAGCGGAAGGGCUAUUAGGAGUUCGUUUUUGAAUGGUACUGACAAGGGUGAUUUCGUUACACAAGGUGUGGGAUCCCCAGAAGGUAUAUCCAUAGAUUGGAUCUCUCGUAACGUUUACUGGACAGAUUCGACUCUAGAUACAAUCGAAGUAGCCAACAUCGAAUCCAAAUUACGCAGAACCUUAUUCAACACAGAUUUAGUGAAUCCACGAGGCAUAGCUGUUCAUCCGCAACGCGGCAAAAUCUUUUGGACCGAUUGGGAUCGAAAACAUCCGAAAAUAGAAUGGGCCAACGCCGACGGAACCGAUAGGAAGAUAUUUCUGCGAGCUCCAGACGUUUCUUUGCCCAACGCUUUGACGAUCGACUUCGAGACUGAACAUUUGUGCUUCGCCGAUGCCGGUACUAAAAAGAUCGAAUGCGUCCAUAUCGAUUCGAAAUUUAAACAAACCGUCGCGGCGAAUUUGACGUAUCCUUUUGGAAUUACGACUACCGAUAGGGAGAUCUAUUGGUCGGAUUGGAUUACAAAAAAAAUCGAAAGGGUGGAAAAAUACAGCCUGAAAAAACUCCCGCCAUUAUCAGUACCGCUGGGUGGCACCGGAAACAGACUGUUCGAACUAGUAGCGGUACCCAACCACUGUCCGGCCUUAGCGAACGUAUGCGAAUUCUUCAAGAACCAGUGUCCGAAGGACCAUAUAUGUCUACCGAACGGUCUGGGCGGCAAGCAAUGCCUGUGUGGAUAUCCAGCGCAGGAUCCAGAUCACAACACCAGCUGUAACCUUUAA